CAAGCGGCAAACAACGCUCAAUCGCAAGCGGAAAGCGGAAACCGGAAGCAAGAAGAAGACCGCGAAAAGGGAUAGCUUCGAAAUGUCUACUUGCUUAAAACUCCACCAGGAUGUUCCUGCACCAUCGCCUCCAUGGAUUGGUAUUUUCUAGGAUUUUAUCGUUCCGUCGAAGCCUGAUGAGCCGGCCCCAAAAUAUAGGUUCACCCUUGGUUUGGAGGCAAUCAAAUCCCGGACAGACCACCGGAAAAUGCCUAAAGCCGAGCCUUUUGGAGCGGGAACAGCCGAAUCCUUUCGGCCAGGAUUAUCGCAUCUACCAGCAAAACGUCGACUUGGAUGCCUUUUUCGGGGAGGAACCCAAGUAUGAGAAGGUGUCGGAUGUCUGCCUCCUAAAUGACCACUUCAUCCUGGUGAAGAUGCCACCACCUGAUCCCUCCCCGCCUCCAACUAAAUCCAGGAUUCCGCGUUGCUUCAAAUGCAAUCGUGGCAGUCGGGUUUCCCCCAUUCUCGAGGAAGCGGAUGAGGAGUCAACUCCGGAGAAGUCCAACUGCCUGCAGCCCUGGUCAACAAGAGAUCAGGACGAGAUUGAGGUCUUUGAUUCCAGCACCAGGUUAACGACUAAACCAAGUCAGGCUGCCCAACCAACUCCCGUGAUAGUGGAGCAACCUCGUCCCACUCUCCAGUUGGAGGCCAUUAAAUCCGUGGCUCCUGAACAACUGCAGGUUAAUCCCAUAAGUCGGGGACCACUUCACUGGUUUCUCUGGCCCUUUCGUCGACGACUGGAACCCGGGAGCAAAUCCAAAGCCCAAUUGGCCGCUGUCCAUAAAACUUACUUUGUAAGGUGGGCUAAGCCGCCGGAAACUCUGUGGCACGGAUUUGGAGUGGACACGGUGGUGGAGAAGAAGUCGGAACUUCGGCGUUGCCGGUCAGCGGUUUUUUAAACAUUCGGCUUAAGAUUUUGUAUAUAUUUUCUACGCUUACUUAUUUAAGGGUCCAUUGUUUAAAAUAACUCCAGGGUUUCAGCUUAGAGUUGAUAAUUAACUUUUGGUUCAACAAUACAAAUAGUUUGGUUUACUUUUCGCUUACAUCUUCAUAGGGUUUUUGUAAUACCGAAAUAUAUUUUAAAUAUGUAUAUGAAAACAAAAGUUACUAUUAUCAUUAAAAUAACAAUUUAAUUACUGA